GUAAAAAAAUGUAAAUUGAUUUGUGUGUUUAUUACGCGGUUUCGCAAUCUCUGCUUAGUCUUCCUCUCUUCUCUUUCCUUCCAUCACUCCACAACUUAAAAUAUACGCAUACGCAUGCCGCAUUGAUCACACUCACACCGGACCUCUUCAUUUUUCACCGACCCAAGUCAAAGGAUCACCGUCAUCCUCUGUCUCCACACACACUCAGGAGUCACAACCGGGUAACCUGAAAUUCCGAUUAGAAAAAAGUCCAUUUUUAUUUUUCACAAUUCGGCCCCCAUUGUGAGCACUGAGCUCCAUGGCAUCGAGCACGAUCCGCAAGGCGAUCGGCGUGGUGAAGGACCAAACGAGCAUCAGCAUAGCGAAAGUGGCCGGAAAUUUAGCCCCCGACCUGGAAGUGUUGGUGGUGAAAGCCACGACUCACGAGGAGGUCCCCGCCGACGAAAAAUACAUCAGAGAAAUCCUCUCUCUCACAUCGCAUUCCCGAGCCUACAUCAACGCUUCCUUCGUCGCCAUUUCCAAGAGGCUCAACAGAACCCGCGAUUGGAUCGUCGCCGUCAAAGCCCUCAUGCUCGUUCACAGACUCUUAAUCGACGGCCACCCCGCCUUCGAGGAGGAAAUCGUGUUCGCCACUCGCAGAGGUACGAGGAUUCUCAACAUGUCCGAUUUCAGAGACGAGGCGCAUUCUAGUUCCUGGGAUCACGCGGGCUUCGUCAGGGUUUACGCCUUGUAUCUCGACGAGAAGGUUGAGUUUGUUUCGUACCGGAGGAAGCUCAGGGGGAGUGUUGAAUCUGAGGAUGGAGAGUUUAGAGAGGAUCAGAAUAAUAAUAAUAAUAAGGUUACCCCUGUGAGGGAAAUGGGAGCUGAGAGGGUUUUGGAGAGGUUGAAGCAUUUGCUUAGGAUGCUUGAUCGUGUGUUGGGGUGUAGGCCUAGUGGUGCUGCUAAGAGCAAUAGGUUGGUGCUGGUUGCGCUUUACCAGAUUGUGAGGGAUAGUUUUAAGCUCUAUGUGGAGGUGUGUGAUGUGUUGGGGGUGCUGUUGGAUCGCUUCACGGAGAUGGAGUAUGUGCAUUGUGUUGGUGCCUUUGAUUUUUAUGUCAGUGCUGCUAAGAUGAUGGAUGAGUUGGUGGGGUUCUACGGUUGGUGCAAGGAUGUUGGGAUCGCUAGGUCUUCUGAGUACCCUGAAGUGCAGAGGAUCACUGAUAAGCUUCUGGGGACUCUUGAGAGUUUCUUGAAGGAUAUGAAUGAUAGGGCGAAGAGUACUCCUGAGAGGAAGCUGGAGGUGAAGGUAGCUGUGCAAGAGGCAGAGGCGGGAAUGAAUGAGGUGAAGGCUCUUCCGGCGCCGGAGAGUGUGAGUUUCACAGCUCCGCCGGCUGCGGCCGUGUCGGUUCCGCAGCCUAAGGUGAUUAGUUCUCAAGAGGAGACAAGGGAUUUGGUGGAUUUAAAGGAAGAUGGGGUUUCAGUUGAUGAGCAAGGGAAUAAGCUAGCUUUGGCAUUGUUCAAUGGGGCUGCAACUGUGAGGACAGAAGGUGCCUGGGAGGCUUUUCCUUCAAAUGGGGAAUCUGAAGUGAAGUCUGCAUGGGAAACACCAGCUGCAGAAGUUGGGAAAGCAGAUUGGGAAUUGGCAUUGGUGGAGACUAGUAGUAACUUGUCUAAGCAGAAAGCUGAGUUGGCAGGGGGGUUUGAUCCACUGUUGCUGAAUGGGAUGUAUGAUCAAGGGACUGUGAGGCAGCAUGUGAGCACAAGUCAGUUGAGUGGUGGCAGUGCUAGUAGUGUGGCACUGCCUGGACCUGGGAACAGUGGGACCCCAGUUCUGGCUUUGCCUGCUCCGGAUGGGACGGUUCAAGCUGUAGGGCUUCAGGACCCGUUUGCGGCGUCGCUCUCGGUGCCGCCACCUUCGUACGUGCAAAUAGCAGACAUGGAGAAGAAGCACCAUUUGCUUGUGCAGGAACAGCAGGUGUGGCAGCAGUAUGGGAGGGAUGGGAUGCAAGGCCAAGUGGGGUUGGCCAGGGUUGCUGCUGCUCCUGGUUACUAUGCUCCUCAACCUAUGAUGCCUUAUGGAAUGCCACAAUUUGGGGGUGUUGGACAACCUGGAGGCUAUUACCAAGCACCGUAUUAUUGAGUUGAAGUGAGGGAGGCACUUGUUUUUGUUACAAACUUUGUUUUUCGAGCACUCCGGAAUUUGGAAGUCUCUCUCUCUCUUUUUUUUUUUUUUUUUUAUGUCUUUGCGUUUGGGUUAUAUAAAUUUUCAAAAACUAUUUGAAGAGUCUCAUACUUCCCAAGUUAUAUAAACCGAUAGUAUAGUAUAGUGUAUAUAUAUAUAAUAUUUAAGUGCUCAA